CCGCCAGGCCGCGCUCCGCGGCGCAUGAGCGGCGCGCAUCGCUCCGGCUAGCGCAUCAAUUCUACUUGCCUUGGCCGGGAGAAAAAAGGAGAGGCGGCGGCGGCGGCGGGAGCGCAUCCCCACGGCCAGGCCAGGCCAGGCGGCCGGAGGAGGAGGAGCCGGCUCGGGCCCAAAAAUCUCAGCAUUCUGCUUUCCUCCUUCUGCCCAGGCUGCAUGGUCAGUCCCUGGAAAUGGGAUGUCAGUCCCAUUCAGGGAUCCUAAAAGAAGCCAGGCCUUUUCUUCAUGCUGGCUGUUGCUGUUGGCUUGACCACAAGUGAGACAAAGACGCAGGAGAAAAUGUCCGCAGUCACCUCUGCAAUCCAGGCGCCCCAGGGCCCCAUCAACCCUCCUCCCCCAGAGGUCACCAACUCCAACAAACCCGGAAGGAAGACCAACCAGCUGCAAUACAUGCAAAAUGUUGUGGUCAAGACUCUUUGGAAGCAUCAGUUUGCAUGGCCCUUCUACCAACCGGUGGAUGCAAUUAAAUUGAAUUUGCCCGAUUAUCACAAAAUAAUCAAAAAUCCAAUGGACAUGGGCACAAUCAAGAAACGGCUGGAACACAAUUACUACUGGAGUGCCAGUGAAUGUAUGCAAGAUUUCAACACCAUGUUUACAAACUGUUACAUUUACAACAAGCCUACGGAUGACAUUGUCCUUAUGGCUCAAGCCCUGGAGAAGAUAUUCCUGCAGAAAGUGGCCCAGAUGCCUCAAGAGGAAGUUGAACUGUUACCUCCAGUCCCAAAAGGCAAAGCUCGGAAGUCGGCUGCCAGCGCUCACAAUAACAAUGCAGGAGCGCAGCACGCUGCAGCUGUGUCUUCUGUGUCCCUGCCGGCUCCCUUCCAGAGCGUCCCUCCCUCGGUCUCGCAGACGCCAGUCAUUGCUGCCACGCCUGUGCCAACCAUCACCGCAAACGUCGCCCCCAUCGCCGCUCCCCCUGCUGCUGCUGCACCCCCUCCGCCUCCACCUCCUGCUGCUCCCAUCAUGCCAGUCGUUCCUCCAACACCACCGAUUGUCAAGAAGAAGGGAGUGAAGCGGAAAGCAGACACGACCACGCCUACCACGUCGGCCAUCACUGCAAGCCGGAGUGAGUCACCCACCCCACUGUCGGACCCCAAGCAGGCAAAAGUAGUGGCUCGGCGGGAAAGUGGGGGCCGGCCCAUCAAACCACCAAAGAAAGACCUGGAAGAUGGGGAGGUCCCCCAGCACGCGGGCAAGAAAGGCAAGCUCUCAGAACACCUGAAAUACUGUGACAGCAUCCUUAAGGAGAUGCUGUCCAAGAAGCAUGCUGCUUAUGCCUGGCCCUUCUACAAGCCUGUGGAUGCCGAGGCCCUGGAGCUGCAUGACUACCAUGACAUUAUCAAGCACCCGAUGGAUCUCAGCACUGUGAAAAAAAAAAUGGACAGCCGGGAAUAUCAGGAUGCCCAGGGGUUUGCAGCGGAUAUUCGGUUAAUGUUCUCUAAUUGUUACAAGUACAAUCCCCCCGACCAUGAGGUUGUAGCCAUGGCCAGGAAGCUUCAGGACGUCUUUGAGAUGAGAUUUGCCAAGAUGCCGGAUGAGCCAGCAGAGCCUCCCCUUCCGCCCCCUCCAGCAGCACCGGUGGUGAGCAAGAGCACAGAGAGCAGCCACAGCAGCGAGGAGAGUUCCUCGGAUUCCGACAGCUCCGACUCCGAAGAGGAGAGGGCCACGCGCCUGGCUGAGCUCCAGGAGCAGCUGAAGGCCGUCCAUGAACAGUUGGCUGCCCUGUCCCAAGCUCCUGUGAACAAACCAAAGAAAAAAAAAGAGAAGAAGGAGAAGGAGAAGAAGAAGAAGGACAAGGAGAAGGAGAAGGAGAAAGAAAAGCACAAGGCAGCAAAAGCAGAGGAAGAGAAGAAGGCAAAGGUGGCCCAGCCGACAAAGCAGGCUCAGCAGAAGAAAGCUCCGGCCAAGAAGACUAACAGCCUUCCCGCAGUGAACAGGCAGCCGAAGAAAGCAGGCAAGCAAGCCUCUGCAACCUAUGAUUCAGACGAGGAAGAGGAGGGCCUGCCCAUGACCUACGACGAGAAGCGACAGCUCAGUUUGGACAUCAACCGCUUGCCCGGGGAGAAGCUGGGCCGGGUGGUGCACAUAAUCCAGUCCCGAGAACCCUCCCUCAGAGACUCCAAUCCUGAUGAGAUCGAAAUAGAUUUUGAAACCUUGAAGCCUACAACCUUACGAGAACUGGAGAGAUACGUCAAGUCUUGUUUACAGAAAAAGCAAAGGAAACCGUUUGCUGCCAGUGGAAAGAAGCAAGCAGCGAAAUCCAAGGAAGAGCUCGCGCAGGAGAAGAAGAAGGAGCUGGAGAAACGCUUGCAGGACGUGAGUGGGCAGCUGAACAACAACAAGAAGCCCGCCAAGAAAGAGAAAUCCGGCUCUGCCCCUUCCGGAGGCCCUUCCCGCCUCAGCAGCAGCAGCUCCUCGGAAUCAGGGAGUAGCAGCUCCAGCGGAUCCAGUUCAGACAGUAGUGACUCGGAGUAAGCUACGGACACUUUUAACAUGCCUGGACAGCAAAAGGACAUCUCGCUCACACACACCCCAUCACUCUGCGGCGUUCCCUUCUGUUCUUGGGUUUAUUUUUUAAAAUGGUCCGCUUUGUUCUGUCACUUGGCUCUUUUUAAGCAUUUUUUUAAAAUUCAGUGUUAUAAAAAAGAUACUUUCCAAAAUUAAUUUCCCCCACUUUUCUUAGGUCAUUGAUCUUUGGUGUGUGUGAUUAGACUUUACAAUGAGUAAUUUGCUUUGCUUAAAGUCUCUAAACUUUUUUAGCAGAAUGUGAAUUUGCUCGAUGAUGAGGAGAUGCAGAAGCUCCUGGUGAGAGAUCAGAGAAAACCAGUGUAAUAUAGGGGGGGAGGGGAGGGGGUUGUUUUGGUAAGUUCUUUUUGUCCUGGGAAAUUCCUUCUUAAUACAGCCCAAGAUUGGCUCAUCUCUGUGAUGACAUAAGGUGGAGGGGGGGACCUUUUAAAUGCGGGAGGGGAAGACUCUCUGUAAAAUGGUACUGUAUCCAGAAAAUGUUAGCUUUUGAAGUAGUCAGAUGUAUUUGUUCUUAGCACUAGUACACCUAACCUCCAGGGAUCUGAUGCACCAUUCUAGUGCUCAUGCAUAAAUUUUGCAAGAGAACUACCUAGUGGAUUGGGACCCAAGUCUACAUUGUGAUGAAGAUCAUCAUCCUUUUUUAUAUAUAAAAGGGAAGAAAAAGAAAGCUUAUGUACUGUGGAUUGUUAAAAAAUGUAUCCUUUAGAUAUUUCUUUUAUCCUUUUUUUUAAAAAAAGAAAAAAAAAGCGGUCCAGGCUUCUGUUCUUGCUGAUGCCGAGCAGAUUCCAACUGGGGUGUGGGAUCUCGGUUCUUGGGAAUGCCAAGCAGGGUGGGUGGGGACAGGAGUCUGGCAGCAGACGUGAUGAUGGCAACAGGGAGUGUCCUGGAGGGCUGGGGAGCUCCCUGCUGCUCACACAGAAGAGCAUUCUCAAGGGACAGAUUCAGCAGGGCAUCCUCUGCCGCUCUAGGUGUGUCCUCCGGUCUUUCAGGUAACCUACAUUUGGGAGGUGGGAAAUAUCACCCAGGGAUCCUUCCCGUCUCCCGGUGGUCAGGUAUUGUAAAAAACCUGCUUACGCUGAACAAGAUUUUGUGUCACGUUACCCAGACCUCUCUGGUGUGUGUGCCUGACUGCUCUGAUCUUGCUUCCCUUUUUGGAAGAUGAGAUCUUGCAUCACUGUGAAGCAUCUCACUACUAUGCGGCAUGGUGAUGAGGGGUGGGUGCACAGUUCCUCCAUCCUGAAAAGGUGUGGGUAACAUGUGCACCAGGAUCGCAUUCCUAGGAACACGGAGUUCCUUCCAAGUCUAUUGGGGGCUCCUUAAGAAGAUCCAUAAUGCCAGGUGAGUCCCCCCCUCCCCCCAAGAAAACUGGCCCCAUCUGGUCAUGGCAUGGCAGUUUCUUCCUGGCUCAAAUGGCAGCGUAAUGCUGGAGCCUGGCAGCAGCGGAGGUGUCGUGGCCACCAUUCCAGUGUGUGACACAGCCUGGGCCAUGGGCCCUGUGGUUGGGAUCUGGCCACAGCUAGCCAGUGACUGACUGAAUCUCUGCCCCUUUCUCCCCUUGUCCAGCCAGGAAGCUCUCAGGUCUUGCACAAGGGCAGGUCUCCAGAUGCAUCUUUCCCCCCUCCAGGUGGUGGGUGGGGAGACAGUACAGGAAGGGGGGGGAGGGGAGGGAAAGUAGCCUUUUUUGUAAGGCAUGUCCAUUUUCUAAAACUUAAAUUUUUUUCCUCCAGCUCGUCUUGGAGACCUGCACUUCUGCAAAUGACCUGCUGCAGAAUUGAUAGUCCCUUGAUCUUGUGUAUAUAGAAAUACUUUAUUUAUUCACACCAGUGGUCACUUAAAAUGUAUCCUGCAUUUUGAAGAGCAGAAGGGAAAAUGCAGCUCCUUUUUAAAAAAAAAAAAAUAACCACCAAGCUCUAAAGACUUGGGAGCCCUUUUUAUUUAAAUGGAUUUGACUUUUUAACCUCCAGGUGCUCGGGACCUUGGUUUUCUGUGCCGGUGCUUCUUCCUUGUAUGUGGAUCCAGUUUUUUGGGGGGGAAGGAGGCUGUUUUGAGCUUUGUUUGAUUUCUUUUUGUACAGACUUUGGAGACUUACAGGUAUUGAUACUUUCCAGAUAAAGCAUGUUUUAUUUGUAUAUUCUUAGUCCCCUUCCAGGUCUGUCUUUUUCUCUUUCUCUGUAUCUUAAUUGUUUUAAAGUAGAACAGUUUGGAAAAAAAAAUAAAGGAACAAAGACCCAAUUUU